UGACGUCAAGUUUCCUGCAAGUACUGUAGUCUUUGAGAAGAAUAUUAUCAAAGUCUGACAUCUUUAUUGAAAAAAACACCUAAGAGUAUUUCGUUUUCUCCUAUAUCUGCUGUUAUACGCUUCAACAGAACCAAGGCGAAGCAUAGACUACGAGAAAUAUGAGUCUUAAUCGUUUGUUUUCGCCGAGGUUAACUCGACCAGUUGCUGCUCUUGGCCAAGUAGGAUUUGGAAAAACAUGUCUACUGUCACGUAAAUUAGAACGAGGCGAGCGAUCGUUCUAUGAUUAUUCGCCUGAGCCCUUCCAUCCACUACAAGGGCGAACACCGGCUUGGAAAUCACCCGAUGAAGCAGUACAAGUAAUCAAAUCUGGAAUGAAAGUGUUUGUCCAUGCUGCUGCUGCAACACCUAUUCCUCUGCUAGAUGCCAUGGCCAGAUGGGGCAAAAAAAGCAAGCUAAAGGAUGUGGAAGUCAUUCAUAUACACAUUGACGGCAAAGCCCCACAUGUUGACCCAGAAUGUGAAGGGAUUUUCAGAGACAACUCUUUAUUUAUUGGAGCCAAUUGUCGUCAAGCUGUCAACGAUGGCAGAGCAGACUUCACUCCUAUUUUUUUGAGUGAAAUUCCAUUGGUUUUUGAUCGUAAAAUCAUAGAACUUGAUGUUGCUUUGAUUCAAGUGAGUCCACCAGAUAAGCAUGGAUUUUGUACUCUUGGUCCAAGCGUAGACUGCACAAGAUCUGCCAUUAAAAAUGCCAAGUACAUAAUAGGUCUGGUGAAUCCCCAGUGUCCUCGUACCCAUGGCCCAGGUGGUAUUCAUCAAUCUCAUCUUGAUGUAUUGACUGUAGCUGACUUUCCUCUUCCUGAACACAAGAUUGGAAAAGUCUCUGAAGCUGACAAAAAAAUUGGCAAAUUUGUUGCAGAAAACUUAAUUGAUGAUGGAGCUACUUUGCAGAUGGGAAUAGGAAGUAUUCCUGAUGCUUGUCUUGCUGAACUUUAUGAUCACAAGAACCUUGGGAUCCAUACAGAGAUGUUCAGUGAUGGAGUGGUUGACCUAGCAAAUAAAGGUGCUAUAACCAAUGCAAUGAAGAAAAUACUUCCAGGCCGCAUUGUUGGUAGCUUUGUCAUUGGAACAAAGAAAGUUUUUGAAUUCAUUGAUAACAAUCCUUUUGUUGUUCUUCUGGAUGUAGGAUUCGUCAACCUUGUCUCCAUAACCAGUCAGAAUCCAAAAGUUACUGCCAUCAAUUCCUGUAUCGAAGUGGACCUCACUGGACAAGUGGUAUCUGAUUCUAUUGGUACCAAAAUGUACUCAGGAGUAGGUGGUCAGGUUGAUUUUCUGCGAGGUGCAGCUCUAGGACUUGAUGGGCUGGGUAAACCUAUUUUAGCUCUUAACUCCACCACUAGCAGAGGAGAAUCCAAGAUAGUUCCUUUUCUAAAACAAGGUGCAGGUGUAGUGACGACAAGAGCCCAUGUUCAUUACAURGUAACAGAGUAUGGAAUUGCACAUCUGUUUGGGAGGAACUUGCGACAACGUGCAUAUGAACUGAUCAAAAUAGCUCAUCCAGAUCAUAGAGAAAACUUGGAAAAAGCAGCUUAUGAAAGGUUAAAGUGCAUGCCUUCUCCUGAUUAAAUAAAUAACAUUCUGGUCGGAACUGACUGAUUCCUACUUCUUACAAGUUAAAAUAGUAAGUCUUUCAAAGUCUAUUAUUUUAUUGAAUGUCAGUACUUUUUCAGAUUUGUCUUAUCAAAUAAGCUUCGUUCAGUUUUUUUUCCCUCGAGUCUGAGAAAAAACUAUGCAAAGAUAGUCUUUGACAAAGUUACAGAAAUGAGGCCAGUUGCACUGGUCAUGGGUAGAUAUAUGUUUUGACGUAGGUGAAAGUAAUGUUUAUAAACAUUGCUAUUGUGAUGCUAAUGUGCCAAACAUUAAUUUUAAGUGAUAUGUUUUGUCACCACUUUUCUUGGUUGGCUUGUCCAAUUGUUUUGUGGUUGACAAUUUAAAUAUCGAUCAUUCAAAACAAAUUUCGUAAUCGUUUGCCACCUAUACCUUCACCUUAAGAGUGGAUCCAGGGUGGAUUGAGUGUCUACCCACACGGUCCCCUGAAGUUUUUAAAAUAAGAAUAAAAAGUAAUGUAAAACAUAUAGAGAAAGCUAUAGAAUAGCUUUCUAGGGAACAGUUACACCUCCUUGACUGGCACAACUGUCUUAGACAAAUUAUUGUGUUAUGACAUUGGGAGGUUAAAAAUGUCCUUCAGAGAUAUAAACUAUUUUUGUGUAUAAUAUUAAAUAAUAAUAAUAAUAAAAGGUCGAUAGAUAAAAUAAUUUUCAAAUUAACUUUAUAGCAUUUAAAAUGGAUUCUAGAUAAUAUCAUAACUGACAUGUUAGUACUGUACACUUUUGGUGUUAGUAACUGAUUUAUUGUACGGCUGGGAUAUUAAACCAUAGUUCUGAA